UACUUAUGGCUCAAAAUAAUAUCAGAGACCCUCCAAGAAUUAGCGUUGUUGUGCGUAAAAGGCCUCUCAGUGAGAGAGAGAUUAGCAAGGAUGACCUAGAUAUUAUUGAAAAGAGAGAUGAUACCAACAUCAUUGUCAAGGAAAGAAAAGAGAAGGUGGAUUUAACUAGGUAUAUCGAGCAGCAUCUUUUCACCUUUGAUGCCGUAUUCAACGAUACUGUUGGAAAUGAGCAGUUAUACCUCGAAGCAGUACAGCCCCUUGUCGCUGCAACUUUUGAAGGCUCAAAAACAACAGUGUUUGCAUACGGACAGACCGGAAGUGGAAAGACACAUACAAUGAUGGGAAAUCCUAACCAAGGAAUUAAUGGGAUGUACUUACUGGCUGCAAAGGACAUCUUUCACCUGCUUGAACAGGAGGAGUUUCAGUGAAUUGAACUGUUUGUCUCUUUUUAUGAAAUCUACUGUUCUAAACUCUUCGAUCUGUUGAACAAAAGGAAGUUCUUACAUUGCAGAGCUGAUGCCAAAGAAAGAGUUCAAAUUCAGGGUCUUAAAGAAAGCAAUGUCACCACGAUUGAUGAAUUAAUGAAAAUUAUAUCUUAUGGGCUCUCAGUCAGAACCACUGGAGUCACAGGGGCUAAUGUAGAUUCCUCUCGUUCUCAUGCAGUACUUCAAAUCACUUUCAAAAUAUUUGAAGGAUACAAAGGAUACACAAAGCAAGAGAAAAAGUAUAAGCUACAUUCAAAAAUGUCAUUUAUCGACUUAGCAGGCUCAGAAAGAGGAGCUGAUACAAUAGAUCAAGAUAAGAAGACCAGAAUAGAUGGAGCUGAGAUCAACAAGUCAUUACUAGCUUUAAAGGAGUGCAUUAGAGCCAUAGACCAGGAGAAGAAGCAUACUCCCUUCAGAGGUAGCAAGCUCACCCAAGUUCUGAAGGACUCAUUUAUCGGCAACUGUAGGACUGUCAUGAUCGCUAAUGUUUCCCCUGGUCUUUCAUGCAGUGAGCAUACGCUAAACACCUUGAGAUACGCCGAUAGAGUAAAAGAGCUGAAGAAGAUGAAAUCAGCUCCUAUUAGCAAAGAAGAUCACCUUGCUAAAAUGCUCAUGCUUCCAAGACAAAAGGGAAAUGCCACUAAAAUCAAAAUGAACAGCAAGGGGGAGGAGAUCCAUCAGCCUUCAGCAUUUAAGAAACCAAACCUUCACAGAGAAGUCUCUGCUAAAAUGCCUAAGACCAACAACUUUGUGGAAGAACGAAAGAGAGAGUACGAUGAAGAUGACUAUAUGGAGGAAUAUGAAGAUGCAUACCAGGUGGUCGCAGCUUCUAAACCACCAAUUCAAGAGUAUGACUCACCUAGUGAUGAAGAGAUAGCAAGGCUCUGCUCAAACCAUGAAAACUUAAUUGACCUUAUUCUUGAAGAAGAGGAAGAGGUCACUAAUUCUCAUAAAGAACAGAUUGACAGUGAAGUCGAAACAGUUAAGGAAGAAAUGAAGUUGCUUUAUGAAGUCCAAAAGCCUAACUCAGACAUCAAGUCUUAUGUAGAGACCCUCCAUGCAAUGCUAGACCAGAAAAUAAGGAUGAUGAUGGACCUCAAGAUGAAAGUAGAGCAAUUUGGAGAACACUUAGUGGAAGAAGAGAUUGAGAGAGAUAAUCUAAUGAAUAUCCUGAAACCUAGAGAGCAGUCUGAUUAUUAAUCCAGACAAAAAUAAUCAGUGAAUCAAAAUUGUCCUUAUCAGAUAUUGAU